AUGGAUCUCCACUUGAUCGAGGUCAUUGCCCACUCGCUCCUCAGCGGAGGGUUGGACAAUCUCAACGACAACUUCGAGUCGCUCAACAAGUCGCAGCUCAUCCUUCUUACGCGUCUUGAUCUGAUCGAGGCCCACCUCAACCAGUUGAGUCAGCAGGUCGACGCCACCGCUGUCCCUGAAGCUCGGGUGCAGCAGAUGUUAAUGCGGAUCAAAGCUAUUCGGAAAAGAAUAAAAUUGGCAUCGAAGACAUUGGCAAAAGUGGAGAAGCGCUUGGACAAGCUAGACUCAUGA